GGAAGCAGUGGCUUAUUCCAAAAAGCCACUUCUGGCCUGAGAAUUUACCCGGCAUGCCUAAUCAGGGAGAAGACUGCUAUUUUUAUUUCUACUCUACAUGCACCAAAGGUGACAGCUGCCCUUUCCGUCACUGUGAAGCUGCACUAGGAAAUGAAACUGUUUGCACACUAUGGCAAGAAGGUCGUUGUUUUCGACAGGUGUGCAGAUAUCGCCACAUGGAAAUUGAUAAAAAACGAAGUGAAAUUCCUUGUUAUUGGGAAAAUCAGCCAGUGGGAUGUCAAAAACUAAACUGUGCUUUCCAUCACAACAGAGGUCGUUACGUUGAUGGACUGUUCCUACCUCCAAGCAGAACUGUGUUACCCACUGUGCCUGAGUUGCAAGAAGAAGAAGUAAAGGCUAGCCAGCUCACAGUUCAACAGAACAAAUUGUCGGUCCAGUCUAAUCCCUCCCCUCAACUGCGGAGUGUAAUGAAAGUAGAAAGUUCAGAAAAUGUCCCUAGCCCCACGCAUCCACCCGUUGUAAUCAAUGCUGCCGAUGAUGAUGAAGACGAUGAUGAUCAGUUUUCUGAGGAGGGCGAUGAAAGCAAGACGCCUGCCCUGCAGCCAACUCCCGAGGUUCACAAUGGACUCCGAGUGGCUUCUGCCCGGAAACCCGGAGUCGCUUUAAAGCAAGGUGAAUGUUUGAAUUUUGGAAUAAAAACUCUUGAGGAAAUUAAAUCAAAGAAAAUGAAGGAAAAAUCCAAGAAGCAAGGUGAAAGCUCCUCAGGAGUUUCGAGCGCUUUACAUCAGCCUCAGUCCAACCCAGGCCCUGAAAAGGAGAAUGUUCGGACUGUGGUGAGGACAGUAACUCUCUCAAGCAAACAAGAAGAGCCCUGGGUUAGACUGAGUCUUCCUGAGAGACUGGGAAAACGAAAAUUUUCAGUAGGUGGUGACAGUGAUCCCCCAUUAAAGCGAAGCCUUGCACAGAGGCUGGGGAAAAAGGUGGAAGCUCCAGAAACUAACUUUGAUAAAGCACCAAAGAAAGAGAGAGUUAACAAAGCUGGUGAGAUCCACGUGAAGACACUGGAAGAAAUUCUUCUUGAAAGAGCCAGUCAGAAACGUGGAGAAUUCCAAACUAAACUGAAGACAGAAGAGCCUUCCCGGACUGACGAGUCUCCAUCAGGAACCAAAAGCUCUUCCUCAGUGCGGAUCAAAACCUUCUCUGAGGUCCUGGCUGAAAAGAAACAUCGGCAGCAGGAAAUGGAGAGACAGAAAUCCAAAAAGGAUACAGGUUGCCCCAAGUUGACAGCAGAUACUGACGUGAAGAAGACAGUGAGUCUGUUACCUGUUGCUGUCAGCAAAGGACAGCCCGAGGAGCCUGCGGGAAGGGCCAGGUCUAUGCAGGAGGUGCACAUAAAGACGCUGGAGGAAAUCAAGCUGGAGAAGGCCCUGAGGGUACAGCGAAGCUCUGAGAGCAGUACCGGCUCCCGGCCUCCAGCUGAGGCUGUUCCUGGGGCGAAGAGGCUGCUCCGCAUCACCAAAAGAGCAGGUGCAAACGAAGAGAAAAACCUAGAGCUCCAAGGCAGUGACAUUGCUUCUCAGAGCACUGUGACGGAAACAGAGCCUAGUGAGACUUCAGAUGAGACCAUAAGUGAUACCACAAAAAUUCCAGUCAAUAGAUGUGACACUGUCAGAGAGAAGCACACUGAGAAAGAGCAGGAGGCAGGAGCCUCGCAGAAGGAGAAGCCAGCCUUGACGCCUGUCCCCGGAGACGGGGCCUCGUACUUUACCCGGGUGGUGGGGAAGCCCGUGCUCACUGCUGUAUCAGGCAUCACACGGCACCUGGCUAAGCGGCUCCCCACAGAGUCGUCCCAAAAGGGGGAGGUAGAAACCUCUGGAAUUGGGGACUCCAUACUGAAUGUGAAAUGUGCAGCACAGACUUUGGAAAAAAGGAGUAAAGCCAAACCCAAAGUAAAUGUGAAGCCGUCUGUGGUCAAGGUGGUUUCAUCUCCCAAACUGGCUCCAAAACGCAAGGCAGUGGAGGUGCACCCGGCUGUCAUUGCAGCGGUGAAGCCGCUCAGCACCAGCAGUGUCCUGCAGGAAAGCCCCGCCAAGAAAGCGGCUGUGGCUGUGGUCCCCCUUCUCUCUGAGGAUACAUCCAUCGCCAUGUCUGAGACAGAAAAACCUAAGGACAGUUUUGUGCUGCCUUCAACCCAGUCCUCUUCAGAACCCUUGCUCCCAGAAGGAUCUGGCCCUUCCUCAUCCCAGGUGGCAUCCAAACCUCGCCGACUGAGCUCUGCCUCAGCAGGAAAGCCUCCACUCUCUGUGGAAGAUGAUUUUGAGAAACUAAUAUGGGAAAUUUCAGGAGGCAAAUUAGAAGCUGAGAUUGACUUGGAUCCUGGCAAAGAUGAAGACGACCUUCUGCUUGAGCUCUCAGAGAUGAUUGACAGCUGAAGCUGAUGGUGAGGACGCUUUAAAGGAAAAAAAAAAAAAAAAAACAACCCUCACCAAAACUGGACUUAGUUUCAUCUAUUCUAACAUUUGCCUGAGGUGAUCAUUUCUUUAGUCUCAAAUUUUGCCCAAAUCAAAAGUAUACCUCUGAAGUACCCGUGUGUGUCCUGGUUCCCCUGGGGUCAGAUCUUUACAUCCCUUGAUGACUGUUUGUCCAUUUGAUGCCAUUGUUUAGUAUCUUUGAGAAGAAAGUUCUGUAAUGCCCUUCUCUCCACACGAGACUGAGCUCCCAAUGAAAUGGUGCAAGAGAACUCAGUGGCUCCUUGAGGCGUUUGUCAGUGUGGGCGAUCUUCCCUUUGCUGUAUUUAUUUAUGUAUUGUCUUAAGAUUAUCAGAGUUGAAAAUGAAGACAGCUGCUAACCAUUGUGGACCAAAUGUCAUGCUACCACUAAACAAAAGACCCACUCCGUCUAUGUUAAAUUGUAUGUCUUUUUAAAGGUAUUUGGAGAUUCGUCUAAGCUUUAAAGAGGGCCGAGCGGCUCGAGAACCUGAGAUAUGGACAGAACUCUGGACCCGGUCCUGUUGCAUUAGCUGCUCCAUAAGCCUCUGAAGAGCAAUAGCUAAUUUAUUAUUACUGUAAUUUUUUAAAGGCUUUAAAGUGCCUCAGGGGUCCCCUGAAACGAAUUUUCUACUUCUGGGAUUCCCUGGAUUCUUUAUAAGAUGGUGACAUGACUAGGGAAAUUCUUUUUUUAGUGUGAAAAUUGUCCCUUUUCUUCAAUACCUUUCUCCUACUGGCAUUGAAUUAUCACAGAGACAGAAAAUUGGUAAAUUUUAUAAUUUCUAACUCUCCCAGGAAACUCCUCUUGCCUAGUAUUUAUUUGAUGUGCUUUAACCAUGGGAGGAGGGGAAAAAAAAACCAACCUCAUUCAAGCUGCCAGUAUUGAUCUCCGGACUGGAGCAGUACACUGGGCUGUGCUGUCUGUCACAGGGAUGGCGAGAUGCUCUGGGGUGUAUUGGAUACCUCCAGUUUCUUCAUUUCUGGAUUGAGUUUUCUUUUCUUGAUGUUGGUCUUCAUAUCACCUCAAGGUUUAGACUUGUGAAGGAACAAGUCUGAUGAGGGUAAUAGUCUUGAAAUGAGACACUGUACAGAAUUGGAAGGCGGAAAGAAAGACUUGUUCAUUGUGAUACUUUCUGUAGGCGGCCAGUUUGUUUCUCCUAGGGAAAUCCUGGACCGCCCAUCGUCAUGUUGGCUCCUAAGGAACUGCUGUUGUAAGCGGCUCAUCAAGAGUUGAAGUUCAUGUAGCCUUGUUGGGAAUAUGGAAAAGGAAGAAAGCCACAGGACUGCCCGUUCAGUCUGGGAAGAUCUGGAUGAUUCUGCACAUGCAAAAAUGACUUGAAAUUUAUGUAUAGACGCUUGUACCAAUCCAUCUUCAGCUGACUGAAUGUUGUAAGAUAGCCCUUCUCCAAAGCAGGGGUGGAAUGUUCUGCUUUCACCACACAUUUUAUAAACACAUUUCCUUUUUUGAAUUGACCUAUAGAUUGUAGGUCCCUUUUGUAUAUAACCUCUAUUCUUUUGCUUUAAAAGAAAGUCUGUUCAUAUUUAA